AUGAUACAAACUUCCUCAGUUUUGUGCCUUGUAAAUAACAUCUGCAACGCCGCCGAAAAUUCUACGACGGCAGCCGAAAGUUCUACGACACCUGCCCCAGAGGAUACUACGGUUGAUCCCCUGUCUAGUCUAUCAGCAGAGGAGAGGUUGCAAGCCUUACAAAAACAGCAAGUUACAUUGCAAAACGAACAAAUAACAGAGCUAAAUCACAAGAACGAAGGGAUAUUGAAGGGAAUCGAUCAGCUAGAGACAAAGGCCGCGAGUCUGGAGCAGCGUGCAUUCGAAUCGCCCACAGUUCAAUCUGUAUUAGAGAAGGCAGCAGCUAGCUCCGUAAAUACUACUAAGCACAAUGAUGGUCCGAUACAUAUUUUCCGGUACAUACAAAAUACGUUCGCACAGAGUUUGCAAGCUCGAAGGCUUGCGGAAGCCGAGAAGGCGUCAACGCCCCGCGUUGUGGUACAGAGCGACCAGAAUUCGCAAUUGACCCGGGCUGUGGAGAGGGCCAAGAAGAACGAGGAGUAUUACAUUGGCCACUACAAGAGCAAGGAGGAGAUGGAGGAGGCGUUAAAGAAGAUGGAGGCGCGUGUGUCAUUUCAAACACGGGCGGCAAGGUUGGAGGAAGAGAGCAUCGAGCUGGACAGUCAUUUGACCCGUGCUCAGAAAGCUUCUCGCUUGCAGAGACUUGAACUCCGAACCCGAGAUAUGGAACAUGAAUACAAGAUCAUGAGAUCGGCGCUCCGCAACUGGGACGCUCUCCAAUCCACUUGA